AUGGUCACGGAUGGGACUGGAGCGGGAGAAGACCUUCAAAAUGACUUCUGUGAAAGCUCACAAUUUGAGGAAGAAGAAACUUUGAUCUCAAGAUCUGAAUCAAUUCACAAUUCCGAACACGCAACGGUCGCUCACGGCAAUUCUCACCAGUUCAGGAAACUCUUUCCGAGCCCCAAGCCCUCGCAACAAAACUAUGGCUGCAGAAUCUGCCAAAAACCUUCUCUAGCGUUCAAACACCAUGGCAAAUCUCUAAUUUCUUUCAAGAAUUUACUCGGCUUCACAUUUUCUGCUGUCGCCAUUAUCCUGUCGAUUGCCGAGGCUCCAGCAUUGUUCAUCUUUAUUUGGAACUUGAUUGCCAUUAUACCAUUGUCGAUCACUCUUACUUUUGCGACAGAAAGAAUUUCCAAAGAUCUUGGCGAGACUUCCGGAGCCCUAUUGAAUAUCACGAUAGGUAACCUGGCCGAGCUUAUUAUAUUCAUCACUGCACUCAUGAAAAACAACAUCAAAGUUGUCCAAGCAUCACUUCUCGGAUCUGUUCUCGUCAAUUUGCUCCUUGUCCUUGGAUCUGCGAUCAUUGCUGGCAGUAUCGUAUCUCCGGACCAGUCAUACAACAAUGACGUAACUCAGUCUUUUGUUGUAUUGUUGAACCUGGCAGUAUCAUCUCUGAUGAUUCCGAGUGCCUUCUACGGGAGUGUAAAGAGCGUUGCUUCGGCAGACCAUAUGGCUCUUGCCUUUAGCAGAGGUGUCUCCGUCAUCCUUCUCAUCAUCUACUUUCUAUACCUCAUUUUCCAGUUCAAGACUCAUCCGCAUCUUUUCCGGUCUCAUGUGCCUCGGCUCCAGGAAGUGGUAGCCCGAAAUCGGUCAUCUUAUGAUCAUCUCAUGGAAAUUGAGUCACAUUAUGACCCGGAGACAAAUUCUAUCAACGCCUCGAUCCGUCCCGAGAUGCAGCAGACUCAUACGUCUUCAAGCUCAACAUCAGUGCCGGUAAUUACACUUUCGGAACCAGGUACACCCAUGGUUCCCCUUGGCACAGGCGAGCAAGAUGAUGCAGACUACCAAAUAUGGCACGAUCACAAUGAAGAAACCCAAGAACCUCAUCGCUGCAAACCCAUGAUCCUAGCAAACCGCGUCAUCUCACUCUCACUCCUGGUCGCCUCCACAAUUCUUAUCGCGAUAUGCGCAGAAUCAUUCUCCACAAGUUUCUCCAUCCUCAACGAGAAAGGAAUCCUCGGCGAAUCAUUUGUUGGUCUAAUCAUCAUUCCAGUCGCAGGAAAUGUAGCCGAAAACGUCACUGCCGUGGUCGUCGCCACUAAAAGCCAAAUGGACCUGGCAAUCAGCGUCGCCCUCGGCUCGGCGAUUCAAAUCGGUCUGUUAGUCGCACCGGUGAUUGUGCUCGUCGGGUGGGCCCUUAAUAAGCCUAUGACUCUGCAUUUCGAUUACUUCGGAAUGGUUACCUUGGUUGGGUCUGUGCUGCUGGUCAGUUUCAUUAUUUUGAAGGGAAAGACGAACUGGUUGGAGGGCGCUAUUCUUUGUGCUUGCUUCGCGGCUAUCUCGGUUGGGGCGUUCCUUUUGCCGAUUACUUGA